AUGAACGUGAAAUCCUCGGCUGCUUUCCGCUCGGAGCGCAGCUUUCACCGGUCGGCGUCGCCUGCCGGCACCAUGGAGCUUUUUGGGAGCUUCGUCCGGCCCCGCGGCGAGACCUUGGGGUUCCCAGCUCGGCCCAGCAACACCGGCACGGUGAAGACCCUGGGCAACACCUAUCAGUUCACGGUGGACGUCAGCGACUUCGCCCCCGAGGACAUCAUCGUCACCACCUCCAACAACCAGAUCGAGGUGCACGCUGAGAAGCUGGCCGCGGAUGGCACUGUCAUGAACACCUUCACCCACAAAUGUCAGCUGCCCGAAGAUGUGGACCCCACGUCGGUGUCGUCCUCGCUGGGGGAUGACGGCACGUUGACCAUCCGGGCGCAACGACAGCCCGCCAAGCACGCCGACCACGUCCAGCAAACCUUCCGGACUGAGAUCAAGAUCUGAGGGGUCGGGG